AUGCUUUCAUCUGUAGGAUCCAGAUUUGCAGCAAAUGUAUUACUAUUCAACUGCUCACCAAGAUCCAAUAACAAUACAAUGAAGCUUCUUAAAGAAGUUGCUCGUGGCGUCGAGUCUGUUGGCAAAACAGCCGAAAUUGUUCAACUCAGUAAGCUGAAACUCAAACCAUGCCAAUCUUGCCUUGAAUGCAAGAGGCCAAACUCUCCAAAUCGCUGUGUUAUUAAAGAUGGACUUCAGAAGUAUCUUGAUCAACUUCAUGAAGUUGAUGCAUUCGCAAUUGGCUCUCCAAUAUACAUAGGUAACCCAAGUGCCUACUUCUACUCCUUCAUUGAGCGUGCCAUUUACAGUAACUUCAUGUAUACAAAGACACCAAGCAAAUUCGGCAGAAAAAUCAAGACAGGACUUGUCUUUUCAAUGGGUGCAUCAAAGGAAACGUUCGAGAAAACUUACUGGCCAAAAUAUCAACAUAUCAAGGACUACAUGGAAUUAGUUUUUGGUCCAUGUGCUGGAAUUGUUACUAACUGCACACAAGUCUUAACACCGAAAGCAAACAUCGACUAUGAGAUGCCCCUCUUUGAUAUGGACUUAAUCAACAAUUACGUCAAAGAACAUGAUCCAAUUGAAUUGAAGAAGGCUUUUGACCUGGGUGUUAAGCUUGCUUCCAAGUAA